AGUAGCUUCCUGGCGCAUGUCAAACUGACCGCGAAGCUCAUCGUUUUUUCGUUACAACAGCAAAAAUUCAUCGAAAUCUUGUCCAUGAUGUCGGAGGACUGGGUUAAAUGUGGCAAUAGGGGUGUUGCGUUGAGCGAAACAAUACGCAAAACAAAAGCUUCGAAUCGUAUUUGUAACGGGCUAAUUAUUCUUCAUACAAUCGGCGCUAUUGCAUACGUUGCUGGCAUCCUCCUGGCCGACGUCGACGUCACCGAUCGAACUACCGAGCUGCCCCUCAUGAUGAAAAUGGAAUAUCCUUUCGUCAUAGACACGCGAAGCAAGUACGAUCUGGUGUUAGCUACACAAUUUGUGUAUGUGAUGGUGUGCAGCUGGGGAGCUGGUUUAUUCAACGCUCUGUUUCUAACUCUGACUCUACAUUUAGGUAGUCAAGUAAAUAUUCUACUUUGCUGGUUGGCGGAAAUGGAGCCUAAUAAAAUUAAAGAAGAAAAUAAAUCAUUCGUCGUCUCUAUAACAAACAUUAUUCAAAAACAUCAAAGAGUUAUCAAUCUUUCAGAAAAUAUUGAAAGUCUCUAUUCAUAUAUCGUUUUACUUAGCAAAGCAGUUGGAAAUGCAGCGUACAAUUCCGCAUGGUACGACAUGAAGACUAAAGAAAGUAAUAUUUUAUUAUUUAUAAUUUUGAGAUCGCAGAAGCAAUUGAAAUUUACAGCAGGCAAGAUGAUGGACCUCUCCUUCGAAUCCUUCACAAGUAUUAUGAGGGCUUCAGCAUCGUACUUGUCGGUACUGCUGGCAAUGAAAUAAACGUCGAU